AUGUCGGCCAACACUACGACCAACACCACCAGCACUGCCACCACCGCCGGGCCCUCCAAACCCCAGUUCCCGCUCAGGAUAUGCGACGACGAUAUUGUAAUCAGUGGUAUCAGCGGUCGGUUCCCGGAGUCAGACUCUGUCGACGAGUUUCGGGACAAUCUCUUCAAUAAUGUCGAUAUGAUUAACGGCGACGACAGGCGUUGGCCAACAGAGUUGUAUGGUAUGAGUCCACGAAUGGGCAAACUAAAAGAGCUUGAUAAAUUGGACACAAGUUUCUUUGGCAUUGUACCCAAAGUAGCCGAUGAGGUGGACCCGGCGGGGCGUAUAUUACUCGAGACCACCUAUGAGGCCAUUUGCGAUGCCGGUAUUAAUCCGCAAACCCUACGCGGUAGUAAUACGGGUGUGUAUGUGGGCUACACAUCGGUAACAAUGCCAGACGGUGUGCCCCAAGAGGUACAGGAAGACAUACAGGCGUCCAAAACGGAGUCCCUGUUCUGGUUUCAGGGCAGUAGUAAAGCCUUUUACGCCAACCGAUUGUCUUUCAUGUUUGACUUUCACGGCCCGAGUAUGUCCAUAGACGUGGCCUGUGCCGCAUCCAUGGUCGCACUCGAUCUGGCUGUCACCGAUAUGCGCUUGGGCAAAUGCGAUAAUGCCAUAGUGGCCGGUGUCAGUGUUAAUCUACAACCAUUUACUAAUCAUAUUUAUCAAGUAAAUGGCAUCGGCUCUAAAGAG